UGCCCUCUGCCCCCACCACAUAUUGACUGAGUUUCCAACUCAGUUUUCACUCUGUUUACUGUCCAAAGUCCCAGGGGCAGGAGAUGCCAAGUUAGAAGCGCUUGGACGCUCAGGCACACGGGUUCAGGGCCCUCGCCUGAACUGGUGCUCACCCCUUCCCUCCUCUCCUCCAGCACCACCUGGCCCCCAGUUCUCCUGGUUCAAGCCCUCCUGCAUCCUGGGGCCUGGGUGGCCUUCUAGACCUUGAACAGAUCCAACCCAAGCCAUCGCCUAGACCCACUCUGAGCCUACAUCCAUCAGCCUCCACCUCAAUUAGCAUCUUAGCACGAGCAUCAACCCCAGCUCAGUCCCAGCCCUAAAGCAGCCCUGAGCCCAGGCAGGGUCCAGCCACACACAGGACCCAGCAUGGCCAGGGACUUCCAGGACAUCCAGCAGCUGGACUCCGAGGAGAAUGACCACCAGCUCGGCAGAGGCGAGGGCCCAGGCACUUGUGGGCACAGCCCCAGGAGAGAACCAUUCUGGAAAGGGAUGCCUCCUCCCCAGCCUCUUGUGCUGCAGCGUCUCUGCUCCAAGUUCCGCCUCAGUCUGCUUGUCCUGGUCUUCAACGUCCUGCUGCUGGUGGCCAUCUGUGUGACAGGGUCCCAAAGAGCACAGCUGCAAGGGGAGCUGCAGACCCUACAGGAAGCUUUCAGCAACUUCUCGUCGGGCACCCUGAUGGACAUCCUGAAUCUCAGCUCCCACGGAGGCUUCGCCGGUGACAAGGUGAGACUUCUGGAAGCCAAGCUGGGAAAACAGCAGCAAGACCUGAAAGCAGAUCAUGCCACUUUGCGGCUCCAUCUGAAGCACUUCCCCAUGGAUCUGCGCACACUGACUUGUCAGAUGGCACACUUCCAGAGCAAUGGCACAGAAUGCUGCCCAGUGAACUGGGUGGACCAUGAGGGCAGCUGCUACUGGUUCUCUCGCUCGGGGAAGCCCUGGCUCGAGGCCGAGAAGUACUGCCAGCUGGAGAAUGCCCAUCUGGUGGUCAUCAACUCCAGAGAGGAACAGAAGUUCAUUGUACAACACACAAACCCCUUUAGAGUCUGGAUAGGUCUCACCGACAGCGAUGGCUCCUGGAAAUGGGUGGACGGCACAGACUACAAGCACAGCUACAAGAACUGGGAUCCCGCUCAGCCUGAUGACUGGCGGGGGCACGAACUGGGGGCCAGCGAGGACUGUGCAGAGAUCAGAUGGGAUGGGCGCUGGAAUGACGAUUUCUGCCAGCAAGUGAAACGCUGGGUGUGUGAGACAAAGCGGAACAUCACCAUGUAGCCGCCCACCUCCCCCAGCCUCCAGCAGACCUCUGAUCCGCAAACCCUCCUGCCUGGGCAUUUUGAAGAAAGGAAGGAGAGGAGAGUCUUCAGAAGCAUGGGGAAAGCUUGAAGAGGGAUAGAAGCGAGGGGCUGAAGAAGCUCUGACCCUGGGGAGACAGCUCCUGCCUUCUUCUGAAAUUCACUGUAAUUAUUAUUAUUAUAAUUUUCAGCUUCCUCAGUGGA